UGGUGGGAACAAGCGGAAACUGAGUGCAGGGAUUUCUCUCAUUGGUGGACCUCCUGUGGUGUUCCUGGAUGAACCUUCCACCGGCAUGGACCCUGUGGCCAGGCGAUUAUUAUGGGAUGCAGUCGCUCGGACACGGGAGUGUGGGAAGUCCAUCAUUAGCACUUCUCACAGCAUGGAAGAGUGUGAAGCUCUGUGCACCAGGUUGGCCAUCAUGGUCAACGGGCAGUUCAAGUGCCUGGGCAGCCCUCAGCACCUGAAGAGCAAGUUUGGCAGUGGAUAUACCCUGCUGGCCAAAACCCACUGGGAUGAAGAAGGCCAUGUAGAAGACUUCAAGGCCUUUGUGGAGAGGACAUUUCCCGGUAAGCCAGCUGUGUGAUCAUGCAUGUCUUCCAGCUGCUUGUAUCAGACCAGCCUGCCACCUACAGGUAGUCCUUAUGACCGGUGACUUGUUGACUAUUCAAAGUUGUUGUUGGAACACGUGACAU